UUCCAAUUGGAGGGGGGGGGGGGGGGGGGUCUGUAGCAUCAUUUUAUAGUCCUUUACCAAGUUUGUUCAAAUGGGGGCACUUGGCCCCUUUUAGGGGCUGCUAGAGCUAAAAAUAGAAAAACCUUUAAAUGACUUCUUCUGAUGAACGGCUAAAUGGAUCUUCAUCAAACUUUGUCUGAGGCAUCAUUAUAAGCUCCUACAAAUUUAUUAAAAUGGGGGCACUUGGCCCCUUUUAGGGUCCUCUAGAGCUAAAAAUAAAAAUAUGUUUAAACGACUUCUUAUCAUGAACCGCUUGAUUGAUCUCAUUGAACUUGGUCUGUAGCAUCAUUAUAUGGUCCUCUCCGAAGUUUUUUCAAAUGGGGGCACUUGGAGCUAAAAAUAGAAAUACCUUUAAACCACUUCUUCUCAUGAAACGCUUGAUGGAUCUUCAUCAAACUUGGUCAUCAAACUUGGUCUGUAGCAUCAUUUUAAGGUCCUUUUCCAAGUUUGUUCAAAUGGGGGCACUUGGCCCCUUUUAGGGGCUGCUAGAGCUAAAAAUAGAAAACACUUUAAACAACUUCUUCUCCUGAACCGCUUGAUGGAUCUUCAUCAAACUUUGUCCGUAGCAUCAUUAGAAGGUGCUCUCCUAAGUUUAUGCAAAUGGGGGCACUUGGCCCCUUUUAGGGGCCACUAGGGCUAAAAAUAGAGAAACCUUGAAAGGACUUCUUCUCAUGAACAGCUGGAUUGAUCUUCAUCAAAUUUGGACUGUAGCAUCAUUAUGAAGUCUUCUCCCAAGUUUGUUCAAUGGGGGCACUUAGCCUCUUUAAGGGGCCACUAGAGCUAAAAAUAGAAAUACUGUAAAAUCAUUUAAUUUCAUGGGCAUGAAAUUUCGUGGUUUUGUUCAUAAUGGCAGUUUCUUGGGCAUAUGAAUUCGUGGAUUUCAACUUUUGAACAUAAAAUAUAUGGGAAUUUUUCUUGUUCGUUGGGAUUAAAUUUCGUGGAUUGACUCAACCACGAAAUCCAUGAAAAUUAGUCCCCCACGAAUAUUUAUGAUUUCACAGUACCUUUAAACAACUUCUUAACAUCAAUCACUGGAUUGAUCUUCAUCAAACUUAGUCUUUAGCAUCAUUAUAUGAACCUCUAUCAAGUUUGUUCAAAUGGGGGCACUUGGCCCCUUUUAGGGGCCUCUAGAGCUAAAAAUAGAAAUACCUGUAAACGACUUCUUCUCAUGAAUUACUUGAUGGAUCUUCAUCAAACUUGGUCUGUAGCAUCGUUAUAUGGUCCUCUCCCAAUUUUGUCCAGGAACGGCCUGUGGCCAAAACUAUGAAGGGCAUCUAACUUCACUCCACUCAUAGUAAAAGGAGAGGGGCGAUUGAAAUGGGGUUGUGGGGCUGGAGAGAAACACCAGCCAGUACCAAUACAAAACAGACAAAAACAAGUUUAAAUAGGGACAUCGCCUCGGAAUGGUCAGUAACAUAUAUAAAGGAAACUGGGGAUUUAAAUGUGUUUAAGUUAUGCCAAAACACAUGUGAAGGUGUUGCUUUAAACAAAAUGAUUGCAGUAUAUUUUUCCUCUCUUGUUUGUCUGCUACGAACUUGCUUCAAGUAACAAUACUGCUCAACAGACAAUAAUUAAGUAUUUGUAUCAACCUUUAACCUUAAAAAAGAAUUUCAGUCACUGUUUAAGAGGAAUCCCAAUAUACAUAUGUAUAUAUUUAGUUUUGCAAUGCAUUCAUGAUUGACUGCAGUAGAUUAGUGUCUUUAUGAAUCAAUUGAAUGUGUUGUCUUUCAACUAAUGUAACAUCUGUUAGAUACAUUUUAACAGGUAUACACAAUAAAUAUAUACUUAAAGACUAUAGUGUUUAAACAUCAAUUAAAUAUAGAAUUUUUUUUGUAGUUUCUAGAAUGCAAUGACUUUAUCAUUCAUCAAAUCAUUUGUAUUCAUUAACUGUUCAAAGCUCUUUCUAGAUUAAGAACUGAUUUCUAGUAUUACUAAGCAGAAUCCUUUAUUUUGAUGCAAGUUGACAUGAACUUUUUAGAAGGAAGAAACAUUUCCAAAGGAUUUUACAGGAAAGUGAAGUACUUCUUUUUCAUUAUGCCCCCGAAGGGAGGCAUAUAGUUUUUGAACCGUCUGUCUGUCGGUCUGUCGGUCUGUCAGUCUGUCGGUCUGUCGGUCUGUCCGCAUUUUUCGUGUCCGGUCCAUAUCUUUGUCAUCGAUGGAUGGAUUUUCAAAUAACUUGGCAUGAAUGUGUACCACAGUAAGACGACGUGUCGCGCGCAAGACCCAGGUCCGUAGCUCAAAGGUCAAGGUCACACUUAGACAUUAAAGGUUAUUGCAUUGAUGGGCGUGUCCGGUUCAUAUCUUUGUCAUCGAUGGAUGGAUUUUCAAAUAACAUGGCAGGAAUGUGUACCACAGUAAGACGACGUGUCGCGCGCAAGACCCAGGUCUGUACCUUAAAGGUCAAGGUCACACUUAGACAUUAAGGGAUAGUGCAUUGAUGGGCGUGUCCGGUCCAUAUCUUUGUCAUCGAUGGAUGGAUUUUCAAAUAACUUGGCAUGAAUGUGUACCACAGUAAGACGACGUGUCGCGCGCAAGACCCAGGUCCGUAUCUCAAAGGUCAAGGUCACACUUAGACAUUAAGGGAUAGUGCAUUGAUGGGCGUGUCCGGUCCAUAUCUUUGUCAUCGAUGGAUGGAUUUUCAAAUAACUUGGCAUGAAUGUGUACCACAGUAAGACGACGUGUCAUGCGCAAGACCCAGGUCCGUAGCUCAAAGGUCAAGGUCACACUUAGAUGUUAAAGGUCUUUUUUCAUGUUAGUGCAUUGAUGGGCGUGUCCGGUCCAUAUCUUUGUCAUUCAUGCAUGGAUUUUAAAAUAACUACGCAUAAAUGUGUGACACAGUAAGACGACGUGUCGCGCGCAAGACCCAGCACCGUAGGUCAAAGGUCCUAAACUCGAACAUCAGCCAUAACUAUUCAUUUAAAGUGCCAUCGGGGGCAUGUGUCAUCCUAUGGAGACAGCUCUUGUUAAAUAUAUAUUUUUGUCAUUUUACACCAAUUUCAGACUUCAUGUAUAUAAAUCAAUACCUUUUACAAUUAAAAUGAAGAGUAUGAUCACACAUAGCAAUACCUCAUUAAAUCUAAUGAAAUUUAAUUAAGUUGCAUGGAAUUAAAGAUCAGUAAACCAUACUAUAAAGAAUGUGUGUUUUUUCUUAUAAUAACUUAUUUUAUUUCUCUGAUUAAUUUUUAGAUGUUUAAAAGAGGGUCAGUGCAGAACGCGCGUCGAAAAAUAAUACUCACUAUUAUACUGACAGCUGGGCUUACCGUGUUAUUCGUAUUGGUGAUCAAAAAUUACUCUAAUUUAGCUAUUUUUGAAAAGGAAAAACACUCGCUUGACUCGCACUUUGUGUCCAGACAAGUUCAAGGUAAUCAUGCUUUUCGGAAAUCUUUGUUUCUUCAUGAAAAACGAAACGUUAGCAGAAGUCCUAGAAAAACCUACAUCGUUAAUACUCCAUACUGCAAGAUUCCGAAUUUUCAUCCAUUUCACCCGAGGAUUAAAAAGUUUGUCCAGAUUUUGGAGCCAGCCAGGUGCAAAUGGAAUGCACCUCUUGUGUAUCAAAGUGGAUAUUAUUUAACAGUCAAUCUGAGGGCAGCCAAACUGCCUCCUUAUAGUAACAAUGUGAAAUUUUGCACAUACAAACCAAUAUAUCGUCCAGCCAUUCUACCCACACAUAAAAAUUUCAUAUGGUACGGAGAAGAGAGUGCUCCAUUCAAUAUUUCAACCAAAGUUCCAUAUGAAUUUGUGCGUGUGAACUGUUAUGAUAAGCAAAAUAAUUGUCUGUAUUUUAAUUUUCAUGCAUUUGUUCAAAAUAAUGUGCAUUUAUACAAUAUGUUCAAACGACGCUUGGAAAUGCAUUUGAAAGAAAAAGUGUUGAAGAAGUAUAUGAAUGUAAUGUUAGUUGGAAUUGAUUCUCUAUCCAGAUUGAGCUUCAUGCGUCAAAUGGUAAAAACUAGAGCAUUCCUUAAAGAAAACCUUUCAGCCUUUGAUAUGAUGGGGUACAAUAAGGUUGGGGAUAAUACAUUUGUUAAUAUUGUGCCUUUGACACUGGGAAAAUUUUUUGAAGAAAUUCCAUGGAAUAGAAAUAAAACCUUUGAUGAAUUUAAAUUCAUUUGGAAACAGUUUGAGGAGAAAGGAUAUCGGACCCUUUUUGCCGAAGACCGACCUGAUAUAUCUGCAUUUGAUUUCAUGAAGAAAGGGUUCAGUACCCCACCUUGUGAGCAUUAUUAUCGCCCAAUGAGUAUAGCCAUGUUUAAUGAGGAAGGUCAUUGGACAAAAAACCAUACUUGUUUUCAGGACAGACUGGAAGUUGAAAUAAUUCUUAAUUAUACUUAUGAUUUUGUUGAUACUUAUAGAAACAAUGCACAGUUUUCUUUCACAUUUCUAUCUGGUGUAACCCAUGAUAAUCAAAAUGGUGCUAGUGAAAUUGAUGAUAUUUAUUACAAUUUUUUCAAACGUUUACAUUGCAACGAUCUCAUCCAAAAUACUGUUAUAUUUUUCUUUAGUGACCAUGGUAUUAGAUACGGCUCUGUACGGGAAACAUUUAUUGGUAAACUUGAGGAAAGACUGCCUCUUAUGUAUUUAAUAGUCCCCGAAUGGCUUCGCAAAUCAUAUCUAAGUUUAUCAAGUGCCUUAUACAUUAACCAAAAUCGAUUGGCAUCACCUUUUGAUGUGUACAAAACGUUAAAAGAUAUUCUGUUUUUUGACGGAUUAACAAAGCCAACAAAUGAAAGUUCUCGUGGAGUAACUUGGUUCAGAGAAAUCCCGUAUACCAGCUCCUGUGAAUCAGCUGGUAUCGCGCCUCACUGGUGUACAUGUCUUCAACAUAAAAAAGUAAAAGUCAACAACCCAGAAGUUGUUAAUGCCAGCAAUGUAGUGUUAAAAGAAAUUAAUAAGCUUUUAUUUCAAUACGAGUCUCUCUGUGAAGAAUUGUCCAUUUACGAGAUUAAAGAUGCUAUACAUAUUUAUGGAUCAGAUUCGAUUAUUAUGGGUUCUAAGGGCAACAUUUAUGAUAUUACUCUAGAACAUGAUUUGAAAAAUAAAAGAAAAGAAUCAACAGAGUAUGUUCAAGUUACAAUUGAGACCAUUCCCGGCCAUGCACAGUUUGAGGCUACAGUUCAAGUAGAGUUACUUAAAAAGCACAAUGUCAUGCAUUACAGACUGUCCGGUGAUAUCAGCAGAAUAAACAUGUAUAUGAAACAAUCCUCCUGUGUGGAAGACUUCCAUUUAAAAAAAUUUUGUUUCUGCAAAUGAACAUGGAAACUGGAAAAUUAAAGCUCCUGAAGUUCAGGUUGCAUACAAAGGCAGUGAUUGGAGCGGUAUUUGUCAGGUUAGACCACUUUGCAAUUGAUCCAGGCCUGAUUCUCAGUCACAACUGAUAUCCUGACUAGUGUUCACUGUUGAUUACGUUAUAUUUAUAUUUUGACAACUUUGGUUGUUUGUGUUACGGCGACACUUACACAAUGCCUGUAUGUUUAAAGCCAACCCAUGACAACUGUGUCAGGAAGUUGACUCGAUGGCCCGGUGGUAAGAACAUUGGACUAGUACCCGAGCGAACCAAGUUCAAAUCCUGCCACAGGCAGCUGGGAUUUUUUGUCAUAAAAUGCUAUGCUAUUUGAUUUGUUGCAAUUAAAAGUAGAAAAAAUUGCUUCAAGUCUUACUUGAAAUAACUAAAGAAAUACUUAAAUAAAUUUAAACUUGGAAAAAAACUGUUUUAAUGCAUAUUGUUUACUUUUCCAUCAAAUGUUUAAAAGGGAAAGAGUCAAACAAAGGACAAUGGUGUCAUGUGGUCGACUUUGUAAACAGUGUUUUCCAUGUCAUCUUUUUACAGCUAUUAAUAGACAGCAUUUGAAAUGUAAUGUGAUUAUGUCAGAUCACAAAAGGGGCAUGUCUUUUGUACAAACCAAAGAGAAAAAUGCAGUAUGAAAAAGUGUAAAUUCAGUGAAUACAUUUACAUUUUUGU